AUGCGAUUCAACUUUGGUCUAUCCUCAAGAGGUUACCGCCCGCUUCCUCAGUAUGAAACUUCGUCAAAUGACUUGCCCUCUACUCAUCGCACCAAGGCGGGCAGGUUGACCAAAUGCAUCGUCGGUGGAACCGCAUUGCUGGCAGCUGCAGGACUCGCAGCCCAUUACCUGGUUCCCUCAUUAGAUUCCCUUGGAUAUAAGACGGGUCAAGGCCCGCCGCCGGACAAAGUCCUCACAACGCAGCAACUCCAAGCAUUGCAGCCCGGCAAUCGCUCCAUCUCAGUUGGUGGCGAUCGCCGUCUUCGCAUCUUUAUGCCCGCCGACUCGCCUCACAUCAAUCUAUGCAAGUCCGUCAUGUCAGCAGUAGCCUUGGGCUAUCCAGCACCAAUUUUGUUGAACUGGGGAGGUGAAUUCAACCGCCCUGAAUGGCACUUGGCCGGCAGCCAUGUUGCCAAACUCGAGAGUUUUCUAUCAGUUAUCGAGAACAUGCUCUCUCUGGCAGAGGGCGAGGAUGGCGAUGUUCAUCAAGACGAUCUGGCCGUUCUUGUCGACGCUCACGACAUUUGGUUCCAGCUGCCUCCCUCGGUGCUCAUUCAACGUUACCACCAACUCAACCGCGAAGCUGACGAGAGGGUGCGGCAGCAGUGGGACGAUGCCCAAGGCUUUGCGACAGAUUUCCCUAUUCAACCGCCCAAGCAGUCCAUCGUUGUCACAGCGGCCAAGGACUGCCACCCGAAGAGCGAUUCUGGAUCCGAUCCACACUACUCACACUGGCCAGAGUCGCCCAUGCCCUCCGACAUGUACGGUGACGGCACCGACAAGGUUCUCACCAUGCCCUUCGAUUCGGCCCGAAAAUUCAAAAAGAUCCGACCGCGAUGCGUAAACAGCGGCAUGAUCAUGGGUACAAUGGGCUCCCUCCGCGACGCUCUCACCCGUGCCAAAGCCAAGGUCGAAACCGUUGCCCACCGGGGAAGGCAACUCUGGAGCGACCAGGCUCUCUUUGGUGAAGUGAUUGGCGACCAGGAAAUGUGGCGAGAAUGGAUGCGCGAACUGGGCACCACUUGGAACGGAACCGCAUCAGAAAACUACCUCUCCCGUCUGCCGGCCGAUGUACGCAGUAUUGCCAAGGCUGCGAUGAAUGGCGAAGGAUUCGAAUACGGCAUCGGCUUGGACUAUAGUUUCAGCACAAUUCCGCCUACAUGCUCUGCCGAAGAGGACGGCUACUUUGCCAAAAUCAACGACAAGGAGGCACUGAAACAAGCAUCAGCCAAGGCUGGUGUUCCCAACGGCGAGGUUCGGGUCAAGGGUGUGCCCGCGGAACUCGACCAGGCCGGCGUUGGACCAAAGCAUUUAUCCGGCGUCAAAUGGGGCGAUGCAUCGCUCUACACUGACUUCUUCUUUGGCGUCACCCCCGUAGCCAUCCACCACAACGCCUACGUGAACAACCUCAAGUCAACCCGUCUGAAUGAGUGGUGGAGCAAGAUGUGGUUCUACCCGCAACUACGCAAUCUGGUCGCGCAAGCGCUCCUCCCGAUGGACGCCAAAAACACCAUUCGCCCUCUCGCAAGAAUUCCCGCAGAGGGAGGAGACCAAGUAACAAAAUACUGGACGCCCAAGUCCGAUCUCCGCAACAGAAUGGUCAAAGUCUUUGAACCUGCGUCCCCUGACGCCAAAUCUGGCGGCUCCAUCACAUCCAUCGAAUGGGAGGGCGUAUGUCAACAGAGUGGGAAAAAGCCCUGGCAUGAGGAGCUAUUUGGCGAUAAAAAAGGUCCAUGGCAAUUGUAA